UGCGAUAUUCUGUGCGUCUGGCCAAAAAUAGGAAAUAGUAGGUGAGACCUUUCUCCUGAACAUGCGAACUACGCGAUUGGAAAUAUCUCCCUUGAUCUCCGCAAAGACACAACUCCACAUACAAACCAGACCGCCUUGGCAACUUAGUCCUUGAGGUAGUCGCGGUCAAGAGAGAUAAUUACAAAAGGCGCUUGAUGAUGAAGCACUUUCGGCCGUGGAAUUGAUACAACACUUGUCGCAUAUAUACUUCCGGCUGACCCACAGACUUUCUAGCAACCAUAGUUCCGACGCUUCGAAGGUGGUCCUAGGAGUACAUUCCGCUUGCUAGGGUCAUCCUUGAUUUUGCAAAGCUACCCCAACCCCGCAAUUGCUCAAGCGCCUUGGUCGAAUUGAUCCAUCGCGAAGAAGUGCGUGACCGCGUCAGCUUUACGUCGAGAAUUUCGCAAGGUUCGGGGUUUUACCAGCAAAUUUCAGAAAAAUGGCCGAUCCCGUCGCCGACGCGCCUGUCAUAGACGAGUUCGCGCAAACUCGAGGCGGUGAUGAUUUGUUCGAUGACGAAAUCAUCCCAGUCUCCGUAGACGAACAGGUACAAGCUGAGGUCCAGACGCCGGAGGAGAAAGUUGCAGACACCGAGAGCCAGGAACCACCACGGAUAGAUACCCCGCCGCGCUCACGUGGAGCGGAUAGACGAGGAGGGCGAGUGAGAGGAAAAGGGCGCGGAGGACGCGGGUCACAUCAUUCAAGUCGCGGGCGUGCAGAGGGAGGGCCGAGGGGCAGGUCUACUAACAGUACUGCCGAACGGGAGGACAACAAAGUGGAGGAUGCAGCCCGUGAGACGCCGGCAGAAGGAUCAGAGCAAUCUACAAAAGAGGAUGAAACCAAGUCGGAUGCUAAGCCCGCCGCUGCGGCGAAUGAAACCGAAGCUCAACGCGUUCCAGCUGUUCGUGGCGAUAGGAGCGCAACCGGCGGAGUGAAGAAGCCCAAGCUCACGGAGGAAGAGCUUACCCGACGCAUCGCUGCCGCCAAGGAGAACGCCGCUAAAAAAGCUGCUGCAUAUGCCCGCGCUGAGGCCGAUCAGGCGUCAUUUCUCGAACGCGAAAAGGUUGCAGAAGAGAAGCGCCGCCAGGAACGCCAGAAUCGACGGGCAAUGGAUUCCGAACGCGAGCGCAAUCGCUUGAGAAAACUCGAGGCUUUGGGCGGAAGGGAGUGGGAUGCUACCAAGCGCGAAGAAGACUACAAUCCCCGUGGUGGUGGGGGUCAAUUCCGGCGAGGCAUGCACGGAGGAGUCUCAGGUUACGUCCGCCGAGAUUUUGAUGAGGCCCACGCGGAGGAGGAGAACCUAGAGGGGCGCCAUCACCACAACCAACGCGGUCGAGGACGUGGUGGAAGAGGUGGGCGCGGACGAGGAGCUUCUCGCGUUGCGCCUUUCGACGGGGCGUCAGAUGGAGCUGCUCCAGCAGCCUCCCCAGCCGCUCCGGUUCCGAAUAAUGAACAAGAGUUCCCAGCCCUUCCUGGCGGUGAUAAACCAACGGACAAGACCGUCUCCGAUCUUGCAGACAAGCUGGAGAGCUCUCUGUCUCCAGUGUCUGGUGCCACGUGGGCAGAGCAAGUCGAGUCGCAGCGGGAUUAAUCUACUCUGCUAAUGCCUCCCAUGAAUUUCUGCCCACGCAUGUACGUUUCCCUUUUUAGCUGUUUCUUAUGUCUCUAGGAUGGAUGGACCUCCGGAGAGGUUUUCUGAUGUUUCUUCUCUUUUGACUCGAGUAAUGAUUGUCCUAUACCACUGAAUCGGAAUGAGACUUGUAUGUACAUACGCGCUAGAUGUUACAAAAUCAGCAAUCCAUGCU